GUUGGCGACGACCCUCUGAUAUUGGAGUGGUUUGUCGUUCAACCCGCUAUUUCGAGAAUUUACGAGGGCACUCCAGUAAUGUUCACAAGCCCAGAACAUAGUACUUGUCAGUUGACCGUCGACUUUCCCAUCGAAUCAUCAAGUGGAAUUAAUUACCUCAGCACGUGGUUGAGGCUCUUUGAAAAGAAUGAUGGAUCAACCGAGAGACCACCAUUGCCAGUAUUAACACAGGCCAUCAAGCCUCCUGUCCUUUCCAAACUGAAACUGAAACUUUUGCAUCUGUAAUCAUAUUAGGUACAAUAGUUUUUCUGGUUAUCGAUCUCUAUGAGCCAAAUGGUACAUUUGUGCUUUCUAACCCAACUUUGCGUGUCAGUUUUAGCCUCUGGGUGGUUUUUUCCAAUUUAUUUGAAAGUUUUCGAAUGAUGACAUGAUAGUGUGCAAAAGAAAUUGUUAACACUCGAGUUUUCUUAACUGGAGGAGUGGUGUGGGGUAUGAUGAGUACAAAGGACGAUACCCAGAACUUUUUACAAAUCCAGCACUUGAAAAUUUUAGGUGUAGUUGUCCUGAAUGCGUGUGAUUGUGCCAGCAGUGUUGCUCGGAUCCAAUAAGUGCGUUAUCUGUUUAAAGAAUGAAUUUUUCCAUGUUUUAAAACAUUAGAUUUCUGGUGCGUUUAUCAAAGCAGAAGCUAGAUCUAAAACCAUUUAACGCUUCUAGCGUUAUUUAAGUUUGCGAAGUACCUUUUCACACGCCUUUUACUUCAGUCUACACUAGUUUAAAUUUAUUUGUUGGUUCGUGUCUGUAUAUUCAUAUUCUCCGUUUUCCCAUGUAUUUCCCAGAGUUUGGUUUGCCAACGUUUUUGACGUUUCGUUUCUUUAACUAUCACUUUAAAGUUACAUUUCUGGUACAUUUUCAUAUUCACUGUAGUACCAUUAUAAUUUCCGAAAUUUUGUGAUUAUCUGUUUUAUCCAUAUGCUGUUUAUAAUCAUCGUCUAACGUUAUCGAUGAGGCCGAAAACUAUCUCUUUGUUCAAGAUGGUAUGCUGUGUGACAAGUACAGAUAGUCCCACAAAAUGUGUAGCAAUCUAUCACCGACUGCGCAUAAGCAUUCCUGCAGACCGCCUUCACUCCCGUUAUGUAGAGAAUGCUGCAUAAAGACUGAUCUCUCUGAUGAAGUCUUUGAAGUCCUAACUCUGACGAAUAAGUUGCCAUGUAGCGAUGCCCACUCACUGAGUCUGACAUUGAACAAAUAGGAAACUAAAAGUUUAAUUGCUGUUUACAGGUUAAGACAACUCGAGCGUUAACAAUUUCUUUUGCACACUAUCAUGUCAUCAUUCGAAAACUUUCAAAUAAAUUGGAAAAAACCACCCAGAGGCUAAAACUGACACGCAAAGUUGGGUUAGAAAGCACAAAUGUACCGUUUGGCUCAUAGAGAUCGAUAACCAGAAAAACUAUUGUACCCAAUAUGAUUACAGAUGCAAAAACGCGACUCCUAAUACUUUAACUAAAACAGAUUGAGUUAAAUUAAAAACACUAAUCUUGAUUCGUGAUGAAUGAUCGAAACUGGAAAAUUAACAUGGUGGGGAAGAAUAUCAUGAUAAUUGUUCAAUGCUAGGAAUUCCAUCAUGUUAAAUAACUGAAAAUUGCCUUUGGGAAGUAUUGUCACUUUGUAAUGAUUGUUCAUAAUUUGGAAAUGUCACAGUCACAGUAGCCCUUUGUUAUGCAGUUAUAGCGACCAGCAACUUAUAGUUCCUGACCGUCGAUUAAAUAGUGUGAAGUUUCAUAUGCAUAUGGUCCUGAGAUUAAUUAUAGCUAUUUGUCAUAUACUUCGUCCUUGCGGUAGAUAAGCACACCAGCUUUUAUAUGAAGCGCGAAAUUACCAUAGACCAGUCAUAAAAUAUCAGUGUCACAUGAAAUAGAAGUUAGCUAUAUCGUUCCCCUCUAAAGUCUAAGAUUGUAGGAUUUAUAAAUUUUUAAAAUGGUUUCUCAUUGGCUGUUCUACUCUACUUUUGUUGGACCAUAAAGCUGAAAAGUACUAGUGUUUUUGUUGACAUUAGCCCGACUGGCUCAUCAUAACAAACAAAACUUUAUAAAGGUAAUAGUACGGAUUUUAACCCAGAGAUCUUUCAUUGGUUUCUACACAAACCUCUAGUGCUCGUUAAACUUAAUGAAGCAAGCCUAUAAUUUACAUCACAAAGAGAACAUACAGGAAGUUAGCAAUCCAAGUAAAAUCACAAAAGUGAGAAAACUGCUCGAGUUUUCACGGAGCGAGCCGUAUAGAAUUUAAAAUCUGGAAGGUUCUUCGAUUAAGACCAUCAGUUACAUCUUAAAUUUGGAAUGUCCAUAUAAUUAUUAUUUUACAUUUAUUGUAGUGUUCCAUAAUUGAACGAAAUACAAAGUCAAAGAAUUUCAUUAUUAGAUCAGUCCUAACAUAGUUCAUUUUUCAAACAAGAACGAGAUUACUAAGCCUACCAGAUUCAGGAUAUAUAUGUAUCCAGUGUAUUUGUGUUCAUAUUCCGUCACUCAGAUUUAGGCUGUACAUAUGUAACUCCCCAUAAUGUCAGUCAUCAUAGUUGGAGGUGGUAUCAUGGGUGUUUCUACCGCUUAUUAUCUAUCAAAAAGGAAGGUCGACACACUAAUAAUUGAAAAAGAGCAACUUGGAUCUGCAGCAUCUGGGCGAGCUGGGGGAUUCCUUGCUAAGGACUGGUGUUCUCACAAUGAAAUGGAUGUUUUAGCUCAGAACGGUUUUGAUUUGCACAUGAAAUUAGCAGAUGAGUUCGGUAGUGCAUGUGACUAUAGACGUGUUAAUACGUAUUCUAUAUCAUUAUCUCCUGGGAAAUCUUCCGGUUCUUCAAAUUCACCAUCUUGGGUCAAUGCGAAAGUAAAACAUUGUUCACUGAUAGGCGACUCUACAACUACUGCACAGGUACAUCCCAAAAAACUCACAGAUGAAUUAUUUCGGCGUGCUCAAUAUUUAACAAAUCAAGGAACAAAAUUGAAAAUUACCCGUGUUAUAGGACUAGAGUUUUCAACAUCGAAUACAUCGGCUCCCAAAGUUAGUGGUGUUCGAGUAAUAGAAUCAUCUACUUUAAAUUCUGAAGUUAUCCCUGCCAGUUUAGUUAUACUUACUACAGGACCAUGGUCAAAGGAAGCUGUUAGUUGGUUACCAUCAGGAUGUUUAAAUCCUAAUAAAUUUCAUGGAAGGCGAGCUCAUAGUAUCAUAUUGAAACCAAAAAUAGAGAAGUCUCCAAUAGAUGCUAAGUGUUUGUUCAUGGAUUAUCAAAAUUCUGAGUUCUCUUGUUCACCUGAAGUUUAUCCAAGACCUGAUAAUACAGUCUAUGUAUGUGGUCUUGGUGAUGGAGCACCUGUACCGUCUUCAAAGGACCAAGUUGAAAUUGAAUCUUGGCGUUGUAAUCGUUUAAAAGAAAUAGUUACUAGUGUAGUCCCAUCAUUAAAAGAUGCUGAGAUGAUAACAGAAUCUGCUUGUUAUUUACCGCUAGUGAGUGAUGGCUAUCCUGUUAUUGGUCAAAUUCCUGGUUUAUCCAAUGUUUAUAUUGCCACGGGUAAUUCUUGUUGGGGAAUUCUUACUGGACCUAUAUCUGGACGCCUUUUAACAGCUGUCAUUUUAAAAAAUAAUCCUAAUUUAAUACAGAGCACAAAUUCAAACGUUACCGACCAAAUGGAGCUGGAUGAAAAAAAAGCUCAAGAUGAUUUAUUACAACAACCCGGUAUUGAGUUGUUUAAUCCAGCAAGACUGAUAAAAUAAAUAACUUGAUUUUUUAUAUUUUUAAAAAACAGAAUCUGUUUUUUUUCGUUUUAUUUUUUUUAUCUCAAGUGGAGUUUCACAUUAAUCUGACGGGUGUUUUCGUCUGAUUCAACCAGUACAACUCACUUGUCAUGACUAAAACUUCUCUUUUUGAACCAGAUUGUGACAAAAAAUACACAUAUCUAAGUAUUGUUGCCUAAUACACUACCAUUUAUUUAUU